UUCGGGGUUGUCUGUGGUUAUCAUCGUGUCAGUAUAGUAUAGUAUAGUGUAGUACAGUACAGUACAGUAUGACCGCAGCCAUGGCCGAAUCAGACGUGUCCCGGGCGGUGCGGCUGUCCAGUACCCGCUCCAACAUGAGUAUGUCCUCCAUCAGCUCGGAUAUAAUGGCCACAAUGACCACCGCCAACUGCGAGAUGGCCGUCCUGCCGCUCCGACUUCUCCUGGACCUCCAACCCAACUUCCUGAACCUGGAGAGCGGAGUCUUCACCUCCCACAACCAGAGGGGGGGCUUCAAUGUCAUCAGUGAUGGGAGUGCGCUCAUAGAUGGACAGCAGUGCAGAGUCAUCAACUACAUCCAAAGGAAAGUCACUCUGAAAAGCCACAUUGAUUACAAAGAUUACAGAGAUGCCAUCUUUGCAAAACCAAUGUUAUUUCUCACCAACGUCCGAAAGGCCAGCUCUGACUCAGUGAAAACAUUUGCAUUCAUUGUGAACACGCGGCAUCCACAGAUGAAGGCCAGAAUAGAGAGCGGUAUGAAUGAUGCCAUCUCCUCCGUUAUGGGAGAAAACUACUUUUUACAGUUCAAUUUAAAUAAGUCAUUAAAAGACUACCUUGAAAGACAAAACUUUCAGUUGACUGAAGACAACCUGAACUUUUCCUUCACGUUCAAGCUUGACGUGUUUCUUGAUGUGUUCUACUUACUGGGCAGGAGCAAAAAGAGCUGUGAUGUGACUGGGAAGAUUCUGAGCUUGUAUUGCACCAACAAUGAUAAGAAGGAGAGAGUGAAGGCAUUCCUGUCGAAAAUGACCUGCCCGCUGAUCAAAUUGGGCAACAGCUUUGACCAUGACCGAAGGCCCAGUGUUUAUUCUCUUGAUGUAAUCGCGGAAGAUCCAUUCCCACCUGAGAUGGUUGUUGUCAGUGAUACUGAACCAGUCCUGCCAUUGAGUCCAGGCAUGUGAAGCAAAGCCAGCGAAGAAAAGACUUUACAUGACAUCACUGCGUAAAACUUUGAACUACAUAAAAAGGGAAUUUCAGAUGGUAACUUGUCAAGUUUCUUUUGGAAGAACAGAAAACGCUGGAUUAAAGCUCUCCCCUUUUUUUAGUAGAAAGGCUUCUUUCCUGAACCAGCAUGAGGUCUGUUGUGCCUUAGUGUACUUGGCGCACGCUGUGGAGGUUGUUGGACUGCACUUCUGAUAUGGCGGACUAUGGCAGCACAAUAAUGUUUUCUACACUGGUGUGCUGGGUUCCAGCAAAUGCUAUAGUUUUGUGAAUGAAAUAUUCUACCAGUAGUAUAGGAAAAAAAAAGUUAAAUGGAAGCCUGCUUGGGAUACA